UAUCAAUGCAAUUUUAACUAUUUUCAGGUCAAAACAAUUUAUUAUGGCAAUUUUCCAAACUUGCCUGCCAAAAAUUUUUGGUAUAGUGUCAGGCAGAAUUGGUCCUGUGCUACCAGUACCAAAGAGUCAUCUCCUGAAUCCAGUUCGGUAUAAGGUUGUGCGGCGCAAUAAAACUCCUCCUACACCCAAGCCUUUUGACAAGUAUAUUGUGCCAAGAUUUGUACCUUCAAAGUUUCGUGUUAGGCCUUCAAGAUAUGCAAAAUUUGAAUACAAGCCGCAAGCCAACAAAGGAGUUGACCAAGCACUGUGGUCAUCAGGAGAAUGCAGUCACCCCUUACCUGACGACCCUCUAAUUGACUACCCUCAAAAGUUACCUGAUGGUGGCUUGCGCUACUAUGGAUUUGAUUAUUAUCCUGCUGAUCCAGACAAUGUGGAGACUCUCCCUAAGGAAGAAAUAUCCCCUCUUUUCAUGGUGCGGCGAGCAAGAUUUGGUAUAAGAAUGGAGUGGUGGUACAGGGAAAUACUUGAAGAACUUGGCCUUAUCAAUCGCUUUUCUUGUGGAGAUGUUGUGAUUGUUAAAAAUGUGCCAGAAAUGAAUGAGAAGCUCUAUUCCGUGAAGCACUUGAUUGAGAUUAAGCCAGUGAAGAUCCCAGCCAACCUUCCUUUGGACGCCGACCCAACACACUGCCGCUUCACUGAGGACGCCGAGCUGUUAUACAGCCCUGAGUAUGCAGUGCAGCCUGAGCAGCUGGAGGAGCCCAAGGAGUUGGUUGAUGUCAAGCUCGACCGCCCUCUCAUCACUCGGGAGGGCAGGAAGAGAUGGGACAGUGCUUGGGAUCUCAAGACUUAAGAAGAACUGAACUACUUAAAUUAUUUAUUUCCACCCUUCAUUGGUCACGGCUGUCGAGGCAAUGUAUUUAAAGUAUCAAAAUGAGUGGCCCAUGUUUGAUGAAAGGAUUAUAUUCCUUAAUACUGGUAUUAACUAUCGUUUGUAUUUUAUUCCAAUGAUGGGUUUAACUUUGAAUUCAAUUAUUUCCCCCUCUCAAAUUGUAAUUGCUUUGAAUCAACGAAGUUUUUAUCAGAUCCUGAAAAGUUACAAUUCUAUUUUAAAACGAUUAUUUCAAAUUAGCAUUUGAUUAGAUUAUUUCAAAUUAUCAUUUGAAAUAAAAACUAAGUUAUGCUUUGAUAAAAUUCAGAUUUGUAAGACAUUCAUUACUUCACAAAAAUUUACACGGAAUUUUUUUUUCUCUUCUUUUUUAUCAAGUAUUUGUCAAGCUAGUCGGCUCGCAUUGUUAGGUUACCAGACAGAAGCUGGGAUGACUAACUAGCUUGUAAUACUUACUAGUUAGUGUCAUCCUAUUUGCUUACUAAUUCUUUUUUGAAACAACAGUAAUGAAAAUAUUUGUUCUUAAUUGGCGAUCAACAAGGAAAUUAGCAUGCAGUAAUAUAAUAAUAAUGUAUAAAAUUCCCUACCAAAUAGAAUAUCAAUUC